CGGGGGUUUUUGGAUGAUAAGCGGGAUUCAGCGGCUCAGAGCGGCGAGUUUCUUUCACCUCAGUCCGAGAAGAGCUACCGGUUAUUUACUUAAAUAACCCGCUGCUGUUAUUAUUAUAUAUAUAUUAGUGUACUGAGCGGGUAUGGCCGUUAACUGAUAGUUUGCGGGCGUUUUAUCGAGUUAGCUUAGCCUAACUGGGCUGUUUUCUAUCACACUGCAGUCACAGGUGGUUAGCUGAGCUAGCGUCAGUUAGUCGGUAGUUUUGGCGGACUGAUAGUCUGUUCUGCUCUUUAUUGAGCGGGACUGUAUUAUUGUAUAUGUUUAGCAGAGUUUGGAAGUGUCUCCACUCUUCCUCAGGCAGAGUUUUGGUCUAUUAAAGCUGUUUAAGUUUAGUUAAUUUAUUAAAUCACUCGUUAGCCUAGCUUACUCACUGGACUAGCUGUGUGUGAGUGAGUGAGCAUGGCUGAGAGACCGGAGGACCUAAACCUUCCCAAUGCUGUGAUCACCCGCAUUAUCAAAGAGGCUUUGCCAGAUGGUGUAAACGUGUCCAAAGAAGCAAGAAGGGCAAUAUCUCAAGCAGCCAGUGUGUUUGUUCUCUAUGCAACAUCAUGUGCCAAUAGUUUCGCUAUGAAAGCCAAAAGGAAGACGCUCAAUGCCGGAGAUGUGAUGUCGGCUAUGGAGGAGAUGGAAUUUGAACGUUUCUUGCCACCCCUGCGAGACGCUCUUGAAGCCUACAAGAAAGGACAGAAAGGCAAAAAAGAGGCAUCAGAACAGAAGAAGAAAGACAAGGAGAAGAAAAACGGUACAGAAGAGCACGACAAAAGCAGAGAGGAAGAGGAGGAGGAAGAAGAGCACAUGGAGGAGGAGGAUGGAGAGAACGAAGGCGAGGAGGAGGAUGUGGAAAAUUAAGGGGUACAGCAAUUUAGCAACAAGCCUAAACAGACUAAGGAGCCUGAUAGUAAUGUCCACGUUCUAGAUGAAAUUGGAGAGGAAGAAGAAACAGCUGUCAGCACUUGCUUGGUCUAAUUAAAAAAGAAAGGUGUAUCUGUACAAAUCUGAAGGUAACAAAAGGAGUUCACUAUUCUAACAUGGCACUGAUGUAUUGUGCUAUAUUCCCUUCCCUACAUUCUUUGACUGGUUCUAAUAAUAGAGUCUGUGUUGCAGAGAUACUGGCUCUACUUGUAGUUGAACAAGAGUACAUUCACUGUGUAUAUUAACUGUAGUGCCACAAAUAUGUGCAGUGGGGAAAGAAAAUUAGGGAGUAUAGAUUGACCAAGCUCUGCUAACUUGCCUAACAAUCAUUUGAAGCUAGUAUGCACCAGGUAGAAUAGUGUAAAUUGCAAAAUGCUAAUUGGUGGCCAUUAGCUUUUAAUAUGCCUUUAAAGCUGUCCAUUUCAGAUUAUCUUUCAACAUGGACUCUUCUUCAGUGCAGCUACAAAGACCAAGUGUAAGGAGGAGUCUCCAGAUACAUUUGACCUGCCAUUUUUUGUAUGUUAUUUGUUUGUUUCUAUGUACUUGUCUGACCGAAAAAAAAUCUCAAUGUUCUUGAAGAAAAACAAAGGAAUAGAAAGAUCAAAAGUCUGGCAGUACCUCCUGGAACAAAAUAUAUCCAAAGAUUCAGGGAAUGUGGAAAAUCACUGCAACCAAGGCAGGGCUGUUUUGAUACUUUUUUCCUUUGUGAAAAUGUGUUGCAUCACAAGUUGGGGCAUCAAUGUCAGUGUCUGUGCUGUAAGGCACUGAUUCAAGAUUUUGUACUUUUGAAAUAAAUUUGUACUUUUGUAGAACUGAA